AUGGAUAAUGCUCCAGAACAAUCAACAGUAGAAUCGGGAAACACUGCCACUACCACUAUUACACAAGAUAGAACACCCACACCAGCUGAAACUGCUGCGGGUGCGAAAGCAAAAAGUCGACAGCAACAGACAACAUCCAAAAACAAAAAGGCGUCCGGUAUUGACAAAUCAAGCAAGAAAGGCAAAGCAAAGGCCGUAAAGUCAGAUGCCGACAAGCAGCUUGAUAGAGAGACUACAACUACAGCUACAACAACAACGUCAGUAGCAACAAAACGUCAGCCUGGCAGAAGAGCCAAGAAGCAAGCCGAUCCAGAAGGACUGCAAUCACAUGAAACGGAGUCGGAUACUGAGAAUGCUCCAGUUUCAUAUUUCGGUUAUUUUGAAGGCGGCGAUGUUCAGGAAGAACACGAGACGAGCCAUGUCACGUUUGACGACGAACCGCCAGAAGAAUUUGGACAUGGCGAUGGAUGGGAUGACGAAGAGGAACGUUAUGAAGGAGAGGACGAUGAUGAAGAUGAAGACGACGAAGACGAAGGCGACAGGGAUGGUGAAAUGCUCGAAAGCAUGGACGACGAAGAUGACGAAGAAGAAGAAGAAGAGUUGGACAGAGUACGACGUAACUUGGGUCUGCAUAUGCAAAGUACAUUUGGCGGCAUGAUGUCGGACAUGAGCGGUCGGCUGCGUUCUAUCCUCCAAAGUCUCAAGAACGACGAUCCGACCAUGCAGUUGGUGGCACUCCAAGAACUUGCAGAGAUCCUGUCGGUGAGCAGCGAAGAUAAUCUGGCCGGGUACUUUGCAAGCGACAGUUUUGUCAAGGAGCUUGUGCGAAUCAUGAAGGGGCCCGGUGACCUGCUAGGACCCGGUGUUGAUAUGGAUGAUGACAUGAUGGUUGCCCUGGCUAUGAGUGAAGAUCUGGGCGGUGGGAAUCCAGAGUUGACGUUGCUUGCGUGUCGGUGCAUAUCCAACUUGCUCGAUGCUUUGCCUACGGCUGUCACCAGUGUGGUUUAUCACGGAGCGAUCGGUGUCCUUUGCCAGAAGCUAAAGUCGAUUGAAUACAUUGACUUGGCCGAACAAGCCCUCUGCGCACUGGAAAAAGUAGCAAGCCAUCUCCCGCGUGCAGUCGUGCAUGAAGAAGGUCUUGCAGCAGCUCUCAUGUAUUUCGACUUUUUCAGCAUUCAUUCCCAACGAACGGCUUUAAGAACGGCUGCAAACUGUAUGCGAGGCGUUGACAAUGAUUCGUUCCCACAAGUGAUGGAGAUCAUCCCCACUCUUCUUAACACUGUUUCAUACCCUGAUCGUACUGUUGUCGAACUUUCGUGCUUGUGUUGGGUCCGACUUGCUGAAAACUACCGUGGUAGUAGUGAGAACCUUGAAAAGGCUGUGUCCGUUAGCCUUCUGGAAAAGAUGAUGGCCCUCAUACCCGUUCCUGGAAACACCAAUUUGGUGCGGUCGUCUACUUUUACCGACAUCCUCCGCACAUUCCGUGUUGUCGCAAAAGGCUCCCCGACACUUGGCUUGGAAUUGCUUAAGCUGAAUGUUGUCGACAGCCUUUACCAAGUCUUGACUGGGUCAUCCAAACCCGAAGAAGACGUUUCUGUCUUGACACACGUCUCUGUAGACAACAAAUGGCGCGACUCAAUAUAUGCAAUCCUGCGAAUCUUUGUGGACGUGCUUCCAUCACUGCCAAGAGAUGACAUGUUUAGUUCCAAGCGAUUCAGAAACAACGACCCAGUAUCAGCGCGUACACGAUCGGCAAACGCCAACUCGGAAGAACUUCCGAUUCUCAAGGAGAAAACAUCCAGAUCUGCACAAACAGACCCACGCGUCGAUUUCUUGGAAAAGAAUCCCGACUUGCUCAAACGCAUCGAUACACUUCUAUUCCCUGUUCUCCUGGAGAUUUACACGUCAACAGUCAACCUACGUGUUCGACAGCUCGUGUCACACUUGUUUGUCAAGACAACCCAUUUUUCCAACGCUGAUACGUUGCAGCAGGUGUUACGAGACAUCCCUCUUUCAAGUUUCCUCGCUGGCAUUCUUGCGCAGCAGGAACACGCUACCCUGGUCAUCGAUGCCUUGUUUGAAGUUGAACUGCUGCUUAAGAAGCUACCUGAUGUCUACCGCUUCCUCUUUGAACGUGAAGGUGUACAGCACGAAGUCGAAACGCUUGCCAAUACAUCAUACUCUGAUGAAUCACAGACCGACGAUGCUAAAGAUACAAGCAAAGAUGCGGAAAGUUCGGGUGAGCCAUCAAAGGACACAUCGGAAGCCGCCACGUCAUUGGAGAUCCUGCGAAGCAUGCAAGAAGCUAUUCGUAACCAUGCAACCGAAACCAACAGUGAUGACGAAGAAGAGACCGAGAAACAAGAUCACGAACAGCAGCAACAGAAGCAGACUAAAGCAUCUGGGUCAUCCGAUACGUCCAGCGAUUUUGCACAGCCCAACAAAGAUCAACAGCAGCAAGAGCAACAGCGCGCGCAACAAUACAGUAGUAGCAACACUAGUGCUGCGGAUGGCGAGCGAUUGUCACGCAAGCGCGUGCUGGAUCGCAGCGAGCUACACGCAUUGCUACGCAGCCGAUUCGGUUCUGGACAGGUUUCAUCCGGUGCCUCAGAAACCGAGAAGGGUAUUGGCCGUGGAUCGACACGCCGGUACGUCAUCCGCUUGGCCCAAAACUUGCUACGAGAAUGGCAAAUGCAGGAACUGGAGGACAUACAGAAGCCAGGCCGUGCGCUCGAAGAGAUUCAGAAUAUCGCCCAAGAGCUAACCGGAUCGUCCAAGGACCCAUGUGCAGAGAUACCUUUGGCAAACCUUAUACAGUAUCUGCAGAGCUCCACGAUGGGUGUCAGCAGCUUUGAAUUGAUGAACUCGGGAUUGUUGGAUGCGCUGUUGGGUUACUUGACGAUCGAACGAAAAGACAAUAACUUUGCAAGCGAUUUAGAGGACCGAAGAAAAGCAUUCAGCAGUCUUUUGUUACGCGCCGACACUAGCGCACAAUCUGGCACUAUUAACCCAAUCCGUGUGCUCGUGAUGCGUCUACAAGAAAUCGUCAGUCGGUUCGAGCCGUUUGAGGUUGUUACUCCCUUGGAGUCGUCAUCUUUGGGUGAUAAUUUCCGUAAUCCAACCAGUAUGCUUGCCAAGCAGCUUCGUCUUCGCUUGACCGGCCGAGGAGAUGACAUUCCAACAGAAUAUCAGCAUCUGAUGGUUUCCACCCACGCAGUCGCCACCUUCAAGGUGUUAGAGGAGUAUCUUUUGACCAGAAUUGCUGCUGCCACUCUUUCAUCUUCAAAGAGGAAAUUUGUCAAGCGGACAAGCAAGAAAACGGCAACAACAUCUUCGUUAUCAGCAGGCGCGGGCGAAUCAUCCAGCACAGGUGAGGCAGAUGCUCAAUCUUUUAUUGACAAGGAGUCACCGCCCCCUGAAGACGUUGAUGUCGAUAACGAAAAGGAAGAGAACGCUGUUGAACAGGCUGGGGGCGAUGCUGGGCCAAUGGAUACUACUGAUGAGAGCAAAGAACCUGCAUCAUCAUCUUCUGCCCCCAAAACUGAUGGCAAAUGGGUCAUUCGUUUCUAUCUCAAGGACACUUUGAUUUCUAAUGACACGACUGUAUAUGGUGCUGUUCAUCAAUACGAGGCCACCAGCGGUAACAAUAACAGUGGCAGUGAUAGCCGAUCUUCAUCUGCAAUCCGCAAUAUCUGGGUCAUGUCCUAUCCUGUCACAUUCGAACGUGUGUGGAUACCAAAGAAAGAACAGCAAGAGAACAACAAUGAACAAGCUGUCCAGCAAUCACAAAAUGUCGAGCGACCAUCCACUUUAAAUGAUGAGGCUGUAUGCACUCAUGCGUUUGAGCUAUUGAAGACGAUUGCAUCACUCACACGACCAUUCAAUGCGUCUGAAACCACUAUUCCAGCACAAGAUUAUGUGAAUCGUAAACUGACUGCCAAGAUGAACCGUCAGCUUGAGGAACCAUUGAUCGUUGCAAGCUCAUGCCUCCCAACCUGGACCUACUGGUUGAUGCAAGAGGCACCAUACCUGUUCCCAUUCGAAACCCGCUAUCUGUUCAUACAGUGCACAUCGUUCGGAUAUUCACGACUUAUCGCUCGUUGGCAGAGUCUCCAAACACGCAACAACGGUCAGCGAGACGAUCAGCAACAUCAGCAACCUAUUCUAGGUCGCAUGGAGCGACAAAAAGUGCGUAUUGUUCGAGCACAAAUGCUCGAAUCGGCAAUCAAGAUUCUGGACUUGUUUGGCAGCGCACAGUCUGUCUUGGAAAUCGAAUACACGGGUGAAGAAGGCACUGGUUUGGGUCCAACGCUCGAAUUUUACGCUGCCACGUCCCGCGAGUUCUGCAAAAAGUCGUUGAAUAUGUGGCGUGAUGACGAUGAAAAGGAGGGCGAGUACGUGGUGGCCAAGCAGGGUCUGUUUCCGAAACCGUUGGGCAAAUUGAGUGAAUCUAGCAGCACCAAGGUGAUCAACUUGUUCAAGACUCUCGGUCAAUUCAUCGCCAAGGCAAUGCUCGAUUUCCGUAUCAUUGAUUUCCCAUUUAGCGAGGCACUUUUCAAGGUCGCGCUAGGAAAGGAAGUACCUAGCAAAACUCUGAUCAAUGAAAUUGAUCCUGUUCUGGGCAUGUCAAUUGAAAACCUAGAAGCAUUCAUCCGGUGCAAACGCUCAAUAUAUGCCGAUACUUCUUUGUCCGCGGAACAAAAGAAGGAUGCUAUCAACGAUAUCCACGUACAAGAUAGUCGAAUAGACGAUUUGUGCCUUGAUUUCACGCUCCCAGGUGACACAAGUAUUGAGCUCAAGCCUGGUGGUGCAGAUAUCCCCGUGACGAUCCAUAACGUGGAAGAAUUCCUUGAGUUGUUGAAGGACAUGGUUGCUGGAUCAGGUGUUACCAAUCAGUUCGAGGCUUUCCGUCAAGGCUUCAACCAACUCUUUGCCAUCGAUGAUCUCAAAGUCUUGACUUUUGCUGAACUAGUCUCGCUCUUUGGCGCAUCCGCUGAAGACUGGACUUAUGCGACGUUGGCUGAUGCGAUCAAGGCAGAUCAUGGAUUUACAAUGGAAAGCUCGUCAUUCAAAAACUUGUUGAGUAUCUUGUCUGAAAUGAACGAUCAAGAGCGACGCGAGUUCCUGCAGUUCACUACGGGUAGUCCAAGAUUGCCUAUUGGUGGCUGGAAAGCGAUGCGUCCUGUCUUCACCGUUGUAUGCAAAACAUCUGAUGCUCCACUUACUCCAGACGACUACCUGCCAUCUGUCAUGACAUGUGCCAACUAUCUCAAGAUGCCAGACUACUCAAGCAAGGAGAAAAUGCGAGUUAGAUUGCUUACGUCCAUGAAAGAGGGCAAGAACAGUUUCUUGCUCUCAUAA